AUGCUGGUUGACUACGCAAAUAAGCUCAAGGGUGAAUCGUUCACCGCGCCCAAGGCCGAGACUCACCAAGAGCAGACGCUCAAAACUUCGCUGCCGCGAAUUAAACUCCAGUCCUUCUCUGGCGCAUACGGAGAUUGGCCCGCGUUCCGCGACAUCUUCCAGUCAAUCAUCGGGAGCAACUCGUCCAUAUCCAACGUGGAAAAGCUCCAUUAUCUCCGUACGAGUUUGCAGGGUCCUGCGGAAAAAUUAAUUAGAUUGUUACCAAUUGUCGGGGGCAAUUACGAGCGAGCGUGGUCCAUUUUGAGUUCUCAUUACGAGAACAAGCGGGAGCUCAUUCGCGCCAACUUCGCCGCGUACACCGCCGUGCCAAAGAUGCAGGCCGCGACCGCUGACGAACUCAGCAGAAUCUACAACGCCGCCACAACCGCCAUCAAUGCACAGGAGAGCAUUGACAGGCCGAUAGACACACAUGGUAUGGAUCUUUUUAAUUACCUUCUUGUGGAGCGGUUCGACCCGCAAACCAGGAUGCAGUGGGAGUCUUCCAUCCGCGAUUCCGUCGACCCAUCGACCAAUGAAAUCCUUAUGGAUUUCAUCGCAAAACAAGUCCUCACACUGAAUGCCGUGCAGCCAGCUACCGUCGCAAAGUCUAGAGAGGCUUCUCGGUCCGCGAAGUCGCACUUCGUGAAGCGCGCGUCCGACUCCUCUACUUGCGCCGUCUGCAAGGAAAAACAUUCAGUUAUGCAGUGCGCGACGUUUAAAGCCAAGACCGCGACAGAACGAAAGAACCUUGUAGAAGCAAACAAGCUUUGCUUUAAUUGCCUCGGGAAUCACUUCCUGGCAAAAUGCCAGUCAGUCAAAACGUGCUUCUCUUGUAAAGCACGGCAUCACACACUACUACACGACGCGUACGUCCAGUUCGACGGAGCGAAUUCGUUGUCCGCCACACACGUCGCGUCGGACCGCAAGGCGAUUCUCCUCGCUAUCACUCGGGUCACCAUCAAGGACCACCUGGGGAGACCACACGACGUCCGAGCGCUGAUCGACCAAGGAUCCGAGGUCUCUCUGGUCGCUGAGACUUUGGCCCAGCGGUUGCGUCUGCCGCGGAACCGCUCGUCGAUGAGAAUUGCCGGCAUUGGAGGAGCAUCCAGAACAUGCGGACGGCUGUCGAUGACGCUUUCCUCGGCGAUCACUGGAGCAGCGCUCUCGGUUCAGGCGUAUAUCCUUCCGCGUCUCUCGACAUACCAGGGGCCCGUCGUGCGAUCCAGCAUCACCUGGCCUCACAUACGCGGUCUCCCCCUGGCCGAUCCACAAUAUCUGGACCGAGACCCGAUCGAGAUUCUGCUCGGCGCGGAUGCCUACUCCGCCAUCCUCCAGGAAGGGCUCCGCAAAGGAAGCCAGAACGAGCCCAUCGCUCAGAAAACUUCUCUCGGGUGGAUCCUAUCGGGCGGUCACCGAGCCACCACCCAGGGAGGCCACGCCGCACAUCAAUGCACGGUAGACCGCCAGCUGACCAACCUGGUGCAGCUUUUCUGGGAGCAGGAAAAGGAGCCUGCUACUCCAGUCGCUCUUACCCCUGAAGAAAGGAGAUGCGAGGACAUCUUCGUCCGCGAGCACACACGCACCGACGCGGGACGCUACGUCGUGAGGCUCUCCUUCUCCGGCGCUCCGCCUUCUCUCCUGGAAACCCGCAGGCCGGCCGAACGCCUGCUCCAUGCCAUGGAGCGUCGCUGCGACAAGGACGCUCGAUUCAGCGGCCUCUACCACGACUUCAUGCAGGAAUACGACGACCUGCAACACAUGGAGAUGGUAAACACCUCAUCCGAGGAAACGGACACGGCCAAGUGCUACUUACCGCAUCACGGAGUGUUGCGUGAAACGAGCACCACCACCAAACUCAGGGUCGUAUUCAACGGCUCCCAGCUCACAACCACCGGCACGUCGCUUAACGCCAGUCUACUGACUGGCGCCAACCUCUUGCCAGCUCUUGCUGACGUGCUCCUCCGCUGGCGCUGGCACCGCUACGUGUUUGUGGCGGACAUUGAGAAAAUGUACCGCCAAAUCCUCAUCCACCCGGACGACCGCGAGCACCAGCGUAUACUUUGGCGGCACCGUGCCGCCGACGACAUCCGCGAGUACCGCCUAUGA